AUGACUGUCCGCUUCUGGAGGCGGUCUCGCCGAACGCGCAAACCGAACUUGAUAGGGGUGGGCCUUGGUUUAAUCCUCCUAUUCAUUGUCUAUACCAUCCGGAAUACGUGGUUUCCUCCUCCUCCUCCACGAGUCCCCCCACCGUCGAAAGAUAUCCUGCACGCGGUUGUAAUACCAAAAACUCGAUGGCAGAAUGUACAAUGGGCGUAUGAUUUGAUGCCACGAUGGACCCCGUACGUUUAUUCGGUUGAUGGCGAGACCAGCUAUGAUCUUCGAUUACCUGCCAACCGUGGCCGCGAGGCAAUGGCGUAUCUCACCUUUAUUAUCGACAAUUACGAUACACUCCCCGAAAUCACAGCGUUCGUGCAUGGCGCGCACUACCAGUGGCACAACGACGGCGCCGGGUCGCGGACGACAGCCAUUCUGAACCACUUGCGUAUGGGUGCAGUUGAACGCAGCGGCUAUGUGAACUUGCGGUGCAAUCCAGUUCCCGGGUGCCCAACCUCCGUGACUCCGUUCAAACCUACUGAAGAAGACAUCAGAUCCCAUGACGUUCGAGUGGACUUCCCCGACAUCUAUAUGCACUUGUUCAACGUUAGCCGGAGCCAAGUGCCCGCACGAAUCGGCGCAGUUUGCUGCGCUCAGUUUGCUGCGACGAGAAGCCAUAUCCGUGAAAGGCCUAGGAGUGACUAUAUUCGGAUGAGGGAGUGGGCGUUGACUACCCAUUUCGAUAGCAAGGUAGUGGGCUGGGUGUUUGAAAUGAUAUGGCAUGUCAUUUUUCAAAAGGACGCGGUGUUGUAA